AUUUAAUGGGAUCUUGUAAAAGUUGCGAACCUCCUUAAGAAGAUAAGAUUUUACAUGGAUAGGUUAAUGAUUCAAGAAGGCCAAAGAGUGCUGAGAUUAUAGCUCCAUUAACAGGAGAAACAGAAGUUAGUAGAGAUAAAAGAGGAACAUUUACUUAUGAAAAUGGAGCAACAUAUACUGGAGAAUGGUACUACAUUAUUUAAUAUUUUGUUUUGGAUUGGUAUAUGUCGUGAUGGUUAUGGUACUUAAGUUUGGCCAGAUGGUGCUUAGUAUGAAGGAUAAUGGAAAGAUGAUAAAGCUUAAGGAAAAGGUAUCUUUAAACAUGCUGAUGGGGAUAUAUGUAAAAUUAUUAAUCUAAUAUUUAGAUGAUGGAGAAUGGGAAAAUGAUAAAGCUAAUGGAUAUGGUACUUAUAUUCAUUCGGAUGGUUCUAAAUACGAAGGGUUCUGGAAAGAUGAUAAAUAACAUGGAUUUGGAACUGAAACUUGGACAGAUGGAAGUAAAUAUGAGGGAACCUAUAAAUAUGGAAUGAAAAAUGGAUCUGGAACCUAUUAUUGGCCAGAUGGAAAAAAUUAUUAGGGUUAAUGGUUGUAAAAUAAAAUGACAGGAUAUGGUGUAUGUAAUUGGAAAGAUGGAAAAACUUAUAUAGGUGAAUGGUUAGAUAAUAAUAUGCAUGGUCAUGGUAAAUAUACUACUUCAGAUGGCAAAUCAUAUGAAGGAGACUAUUAUUUUGAUAAAAAACAUGGUUUUGGUACUUUUACAUGGCCUGAUGGUAAAAAGUAUUCUUUUAUUUUUAUUAUUUAGGUAUUCUGGAAAUUGGAAAAAGGGCAAGUAACAUGGUAAAGGUAAAAUUAUAGUAGAUAAAAUUGAGAAGCAUGGAAUGUGGGAAGAUGGUAAACGUAUUAGAUGGAUUGAAGAUGAAGAUUGA